CCCCACCAUGCCCAGUAAGCCACAUCCCUGAGUGUUGCAUCUCCACAUUCCUCGAACACCUCCAGGGAUGCUGACCCCACCACCUCACUGGGCAGCUGUGCCAGUGCUUUAUUUCCUCUUUACUUCAAGUUCUAGGGCAGUGAGCAGUGCUAAAGCAAGACAGACUUGCUUACUGUCAGUCCUGCAUGGAAGGUAUUUGUGGUACAUGUAGGUAAUGUUCAUUCUUGUGGUUCUAAUGCCAAAAGAGAAGGAGAAUAAAACAACUUACCAAGGUGGUGCAGAAAGCCAGUGCAAGAAAGAAGCAGGACAGUUUUCCUGCAUUUUUGUCCCUCACUCUCUAAUCAAAGCACUGCAUUCAGUACACCAAUUAGACAGUUCUUUGACUGUCACUGUCCAACCAGGCUGUGCUUAGAACCCAAAGAAAUCACCCUUAACAAAUUAAGUGCUAAUUGAUUAAUAGUAGUAGUGCCAUUCUCUCAGUCUGGCUGUCCCUGUGAAAAAAGCUGCAGUCUCAUUACACCAUGGGAUCUCCUUCUGGAUGGGAAUUGCUCAGUGAUAGCAGCCACUGUAAAACGUCUUGGCCAUGAAGUUAAUUAUUAACUGGCCAGCUCAUAAAAACAUCACACUGUGAGAGCACAACACACUUAAAAACAGCUGUCACUAGAUCAUGCAUACAACAGGAAUAAAGGAACACAUAAAAGGAGACAGAAACUUGGGAAGUCCUUCAGCUAAGGGAAGACAAACUGCACUGAGGUUUGUCUCCAUGGACAAAUCCAUGGACAAGCUAAGCAGCGAGAACAAAUGGACAGCUUCUGGAGCACCUCAGGCUGAGAAGGUUAGUCCUGCUCCCACUGCAGGGACUGCAGGAAUGAGCGGAGCAGGACCCCAUGCAGAAAAUGCUGCUGAUGUGGAGAGACUGGCAUUCACUGAGGGACAUUCCAAAGAAAUGGAGAGCUCUCCAGGCACAGAGCUAGACAGUCCUGAUGCCUUGAAAACAGCGUUUUCAGAAGAAGACGGUCUGAACUCAGCAUCUCUUGCUAUGGUAACAAACUCAAGCUCUCCUGAGGUAUGCAGUUCUGAAAGGAACGACCAGCCUUCACCCACAUCAUCUCUUGCAGACAUGGACUGCCUGGUCUGCUUCAACAAGUACAACAUUUACCGGGUCCCAAAGCUCCUGGGCUGUCAGCAUGCUUUCUGUGCAGUCUGCCUGAAGCUUAUCCUCAGGAAAGAAGAGAAUACCUGGAUAAUCACCUGCCCCCUGUGCAGAAAAAACACGUUUGUGUCAGGAGGACUUAUCCGCACGCUCCCAAAUAAAGAAGAGAUCAUGGACCUCUUGGAACACCCCGACUCAUGUCCUGAGGUACACGUCUCUGGCAUAGGGCUGGAUAGCAGCAGCUGGGCCCAGAGCAGCCAGGACAUUUUAAACAGAGACCAAACUAUUCCAGCAGACAACAGACUGGCUGUGCAGAGACUUGUGCUGCUCCUGCUGCUUUUGGUGAUCCUCACCAUCCUCAUCCUCCCAUUUAUAUACUCUGGGAUGAUAAAAUGGGUCAUUUGUAUCAUGCUGACUUUGGGGUUGGUCAUGUCUAUGGUGCUUUGCUGCACUCCUAAAUUUUAUUGGCGCUGUAAUGGAAGCUCACUCAGGUCCUGCCACAAGGAGACCCACAUUGCUGCUAUUGCCUGAAACAAGGUGAGAUACCUGGAGAUAAUGCCUGGUUCCCCUUGCACAGCUCAAUAUCAGCAGCACGAGUCAGUUACUGGACUUUGAAAGCAAACACAUCAUAAAUUCAAAGUGUCUGACAUACCCCUAAGGCUGAAUGGCAAUGCAGAGUGCUAUUUUAUUACUGAAAACAUAGAAAAACAUUCGUAUGCUGAUAUUUGUAAGAGAAAAUUGUAAGCUUUCCUCACAGCUUUUAUCCCAGAUUAAUAAUUAUUUUGUGUUGCUUUGGUCAUUUUGUUCUUGUUGGUGUCAUCUCUGGAUUACUGUUGCAGAACAUUAUCUGAAACAUCUGACACUGAAAAUUUGUCCCCAUUGCUGUGUUUUCCUGCUCUCUUAACAUACCCACACCUUUUCUUGUGAUAAUGUGGGGAAUUAGCUUGAUAAUCUGGGUCUGGACAACUAGCCUGAGUGGAAGAGGGUGGUUUUAACCCAGUUUAUCACCUUAAUCUGUAUCAUGGACCAAAAGGUUGUUGUCAACAGUGGAAAGGUAGGGCUGGGAGAAGGCAGUGCUGGUUAUUGCCAUCUUAAGUUGCACGCAAAACUAAAGGGGAAGAGGCAAAAUCAACACUUCUAAUCUUGAGUCCACAGCUUACAAAGGGCAAGGCUCUGAAAAGCUCAUAACAUUCCAAGCUCUCUGCAUUAUUUAGCACAGAAAUGGUUCCUCUCAGCUGCACUCCUCUAUCUGGCUCCCUGUACCACCUCUCCUCUUGCUCUCUUUACAUUAAGUGUGACAUUGCCCUUGGAGAUGCCCACAAUUCUCCUUGUAGAGAUCAAAAUAAAUCUACCAAUGCUUAUGCUAUGCCAAAUCUGAUAUAUAUUUUUUAUAAAUAUAUAUGGAAUAUAUCCAUUAAAGUUUAAUAAUGCUAACUGCUCAUUGACUUCUGUGUUUCAAUUCCGUGUGCCAAUUAACAUCAAAACAUUUCACAGCUCCCUCGCUGACAGGAACUACAGCUGAGAAAGCAUUCUGUGAGUAAAGCAGAAAAGUAAUGCAUUGGGCUUUUUUCUUUGAUUAAAAAAACAAACCUGUCAAGCCCUCUCCACAGCAGUGGAUGACUGGAUGUUUGUAACAAAUACUAACGUGAGCCUCAAUGUGAUGUGCAUGAAUACAAAAGAAUAAGCUAGAAGGGUUAAAAGAAAAGCGUGCACAAAUUGUGCAGAACACUGAUCUCAUUCAAAUGGCAAGAUAGCAAGGAUAGAACACGCUGUCCUGAAGAUAAGAUGACAAAGAUGACAUGGACUACAGCCAUAACAUAGCCCAAUUAAAAACUGAAGCGCAGUUUGGCCCAAGAGAAGACACUUGGGAAGAGACCAAGUGAGAUUGGCACCAAACAACACCCACUCUAGAAGGCUGUACAGGUCACACCCAGUAUCAGUUUGUUAUCUCCAGUCACGAGAUACUGAUCCUGAACGGAUGCUCAUAGCAUGCACACACACACAAGUGUUAGAAAGGAGUGUUCUCCCUCAAAACAGUCAUCCUACAUCUCUACACCAGCACAUGUGCUGAGCAGUUCAACUGAAAUGAUGCUUGAGCCUUUACAGCCACUAACAGUCAUCCAAUUCAGAGUUCAUGGAUGUUGGCGGAAGUCAUUACAUCCUAUGAGCUGAAUUCUUUUACAGCAGCUAUUAAUUCCCAUCUGACAAGAUAAGACUCUAUGACAAUGCAAACCUUUGAAGGGGCAUAUAAGUUUAUAGUGGAAAGCUGCAAAAAAAUGUGUUUGUAUUCUAAAACAUAAAAUGAUUUGUUUCUCCUUCAUACCAAUCUGAGUGGCAAUCGAGUUUCAGUUCCAAAUUACCCUGCCUUGCUUACAGUAGCUAGGUGGGUCCUGAUUUCACAUAGUGAUUAAAUGACAUAGCACAGAAAUAGUUCAUGGUAAGAAAUGGGCCAAGGUGAUGGCUGACAUACUGCACAAAUGAGCUGUGUUUUAUAUAGAUGGAAUGCCAUGGAGACAUUAAGAGCAUGAUGAGACCCAACAAAGUAUUGUGGACUGUAUAGACAGAACCCUGGACCAGGUGUUCUAAAUUGCUUUUAAUUGCAGGAGAACUUUCAAUCCUCAAACACAAGAAACAAAUCUGCAGAUUUGGGUCUGAGAGCACAGAUUUGUGUCCAGAUGGCUUUCUGCUUGUUGUGAACCAUGUGCAGAUUGUGGUUACUUGGGUCAGUUUUUGCACCCCAGCUGGGAUCAUGGAGCCUUCUGAACCUCUCAUCACAUUUAAGUUCAUGAUGAUGCCCCCAAAAAAGUACUUGUGAGAGCAAACCUGAAGGUGUAAUGUUAGUAGCAAGCAAGCAGGACAAGGAUGUUUGGCCAAAUCAAAUUUGGCUUUUCAACAGAACAUAUUUUAGAUAUUUUAUUUUAGAAGACUCAAGUAGCAGAUUUUUAUGUAUACAUCAGUUACUGAGCAGCCCCAAACUUGCACAAAACGUGAUCA